AUGGCCGACCAGCAGCAGACCCCCAAGCCGAAGAGCGUGCUCCGCGCGUCCGCGAGCACGUUCGUGCCCUCCUUCCUCAAGCCCACGGCCAAGGCCUUUGUGCCUUCGGGCAUGACGCCGGCCGCGCCCGUGUUCACGCCGCCGGCGCCGAUCAAGGCGGAUGUUCCCGUGACUGUCGCCGCGCCUGCGUCGCCGGUGGCGGCGGCGGUCGAGACCAUUGCGCCCUCGACGCCAUGCAAGCCCGAGCCUGAGGCCGAGUCGCAACCGGCUGCGUCGCCCAUCUCGACGGCCUCGUCGGCCUCGGAGAAGGAAGAGGUCGAGGCGCCCGUGGUUGUCGUGGCCCCGGUCGUCGUUGCUCCGGUCGUUGAGGCUGCGCCGGUCGUUGAGGCUGCGCCGGCCGUCUCGUCGGUCGACCCCGUCUCGCCCGGCCGCAAGCGCCGCAUCACGUAUACGAUCGCCGAGAUGAUGGCGAUGGAGCCCGAGCUGUGCCCCGUGCCGCAGUCGCUCAUUGGCUGCAUUGUAAUUGCGACGCCUGGCGACUCGAAGAUUGCGCGCGCCUUGUAUCUGCAGACCAAGGACGACAAGCCGCACCACGGCGGCAAGUCGUCGCACCACGACCGCCCGAAGAAGUCGCGCAAGGGCAAGAAGCACCACUCGGCGCCGAUUGAAGAGGACCUCUCGAACGUCAAGCCGCUCUCGAUCAACGAAGAGACGCGCUGGAAGCCCAAGGUGGCGCGUGGCGUCGUCGACGCCGUCACGACCGAAGAACACUUGCAGGGCGUCCAGUCGAUUCUCAACAAGCUGUCGGUUGAAAAGUUUGAGCGCCUCUCGGACCAGCUCAUCACCGUCGCCGUCAACUCGCUCGAUGUGCUCAAGGGCGCCAUCGAUAUGGUGGUCAAGAAGGCGCAGAUGGAGUGGCAUUUCUCGGCCAUGUACGCCGAGCUCUGCACCAAGAUGGCCCGCACCGAUAUGCCGCUUGUCGUGUCGGAAGACGAAGCCGACGGCGAGCGCAACACGGCCAAGCUCUUUCGCACGCUGCUGUUGACGCGCUGCCAGAAGGAAUUCGAGGUCACGCCGCUCACGAGUCUGAACGAGUCGGACACGGACGCGCUCAGCGUGGCGGCGCUCGCGGAGAAGGCGCUGAUCCUGAAGCGCGCGACGCUCGGCCACAUUCGGUUCAUUGGCGAGCUCUACAAGCAGGGCAUGCUCAGCAGCCGCAUCAUGCACGAGUGCAUCCAGCGCCUCUUUGGCAACCUCGAGUCGCCCGAUGAGGAGAACCUCGAGUGCAUGUGCAAGCUCAUGUCGACGAUUGGUGCGCGCCUCGAAGAGCGUGCCCAAGCGGUCCCGGUCGAGAAGACGCUCAUGGAGCAGUACUUCGACUUGAUUGCCAAGCUUGCGGGCGCCAAGGACAAGCUCUGCACGCGUGUUCGCUUUAUGCUCCAGGACCUCCUCGACCUCCGCGCCGCCAAGUACGUGUCGCGCAUCAAGGAAGUCAAGGCGACGACAAUUGCCGAAGUGCACGCGCAGGUCGCCCGCGAAGAGCGCGUCAAGGCUGCCGGUGCGCCCAAGCCCCGUGCGCUCCAGAAGAGCCAGUCGAUGGCCGCGCCGCCCAUGUCGGCGCCGCGUCGCAGCAGCUCGUCGGUGGUCGCGGCGGCGCCGAGCGACCCGGAUGGGUGGGAGACGAUUCCGAGCAAGCCCAAGAUGACCAAAUCCAUCAGCGUCCCGGACAACAAGCGCUUUGGCAACAAGAAUGGCCCGCCGCCGUCGGGCCGCAACGACCGGAACGACCGCAGCGACCGUCCGGACCGUAGCGAUCGUGGUGCUCGCUCGCGUGACAGCCGCCGUGGUCGGUCGAGCGCCCUCCGCGCAACCCUGCGUCGUCGUCCAAGGGCGGUUUCCACCGCUCGUCGUCGCUUGCGUCGUUGCCGUCGGCGUCGACGCCCGUCGUCGCGGCGGCCCGCGCCGGCGCCGGUCGUCGCCGGUCGUUCGGAGGACGACCUCAAGAAGAAGGCGAUUUCGAUGCUGAAGGAGUUUGCGCACGAGAAUGACAUUGCCGAAGUCGUGGCGAGCCUCCCGGACGCACUCGCGCACACGGAAGCCAUUGCAACGGCGGUUCUCAACCACGGCCUCGAGCACAGCCAGGUCGAGCGCACGGCGGUCGGUCCGUUCGUCGCCGGUCUCUUCGCCGCCGGUCUCGUCGACCCGGUCGCGGUCGUCCGGUCGCUCACGGACAUUUUGGAGUUUUGGAAGACUUGGAGAUUGACAUUCCGCUCGCGGCCAACGCGGAGAAGCAGACCAAGCUCAAGGCACUUUUGGCCGCCGCGAUCUCGGGCUCAACGCCGAGUCCUCAAGGACGACGUGGCGGCGUUUGUCGCGGCGCAUGCGUCGGCGUAA